CGGGGGACGAGAGCGAACAGCGGAGGUGUGAGCCCAAAUAAACCGACUCGACAGAGCGGCGCACGCCCCCUUCGCCGCCUGCUCCCCCCGGGGCCCCCGAGCAUCCUCCCCUGCCCAUUGGCUCCGCGGCGGGGGGGGCCCGGCCCUAUAUAACGUCUGGGAGGCCUCAGAAGGGGUUAAUAGGGAAAAAAAAGAAGGAAAAAAACCCCACCCCAACAAACCCAAAACCCCAAACCCCGUCCGCCUCAGCCCAAACCCCAAAGCUACCACCACCACCACCACCGUCACCGCAGCCCCACGCCGGAGCCGCCUCCCCGCUGCCCUCCCGGCGGGGAGCCCUUCCCGGCUAUGGUGCGCUGCUGAGCGCGGCCCCCGGGGCCAGCGGGGCGGACCAUGAACCUGGUAGGGGGCUACCAGCACCACCACCAUCACCACCACCACCACCACCCCAUGCUGCACGACCCCUUCCUCCUCGGGCCGGCGGCGCGGUGCCACCAGGAGCGAGCCUAUUUCCCCGGCUGGGUGCUGAGCCCGGCCGAGGUGACCCCCGAGCUCCCCGGCCAGAGCCCGAGUUACGGCGCCGCCGAGUACGGCCCUGCCGGCCCGGGGCGGCUGGAGGCUCUCAGCGGUCGCCUGGGCCGGAGGAAAGGGGUCGGGGGACCCAAGAAAGAGCGGCGGAGGACGGAGAGCAUCAACAGCGCCUUCGCCGAGCUCCGAGAGUGCAUCCCCAACGUGCCCGCCGACACCAAGCUAUCCAAGAUCAAGACCUUGCGCCUGGCCACCAGCUACAUCGCCUACCUGAUGGAGGUGCUGGCCAAGGACAGCCAGCCCGGGGACACCGAGGGCUUCAAAGCCGAGCUCAAGAAGGCCGACGGCAGGGAGAACAAGAGGAAAAGGGAGACGCCCGAGGUCUACUCGCAGCCUUUGGGCCACGGCGAGAAGAAGCUGAAGGGCCGGACGGGCUGGCCCCAGCAGGUCUGGGCCCUGGAACUGAACCCCUGAGGGCUUUCCCACGACGGCGCUCCCCGCUCGCCCCUCCAUGUGCAAUGCCGGAGAGAGCCCGGCCCGGCCCCC